AUGAAUGCUCCUCGGAAACUGGAAAUUCCAUCCAGACCCCGGACGGAGGUGAUGCUCAACGCUCUCCAACAGGAACUUGCUGGGAUCUUCUUCAAGCGUGGUCUCCUGCCGCUAGUCACGUUUGGUGAACGAAGUCUUUCCAUUCCGAGAGCCCCCAACCGAGAGGGCUCCCAUGUUCGCACCUAUGAUGAGUUCAUCAGUGGUGAAAAUAGUCAGGUCGACGGCCCUACCUUCCAAGCCAAGAUCAUGGAGAGAGGAAUCGAUUCUCAAACGGACCGUGUACUCGAUAUUCUUGAAGGAAGUGUCUUCGAGGUCCUCGUUCGACGUCGCCUCCAGGCCGUGAAAUUCACCGUCGUCAAAAAAACAGAACUACCGAUCGAAAUCUUUGAGGCUUAUACCAUUUCGUUCGCGUACCACAGCGAGCACAGCAAGCAAAAUAGCGAAAAUCACGACGUGGCGAACACGAAUCCCGGCUCCAAUACCGGGAAAGAAAAGGAAAGCAAUGCCCUCACAAACGCUGGCUCUGCCGUGGAUAUGGUAAAAGGGAUCCAGCAAAUGGAUCGCUUACUAAUUCCCCUCACGUCAACCUUCACCAAGCUACCGAACGCUCGAGCCUUGGGGGUUUUCUUAUUGUAUACCGACGAUUGUCCUGAAGGAUAUCAGGCGCCCGAUUUCGUCGACGCGGGCGAUCUUGUGUUUAAAUUCGCGAACGAGGAGGAUCAGGCGGUACGGAAACUGAGCUGUGGAGGAAUCAGUACAGGUCAUCAUUCUGCGCACCUCAAAGUGACCUAUCUCAACCCUGUUUCGACUUCGUGUCGUACCAGUCAAGCUCACCUGUCCCCCAGGUCGGUACGCGUGACGCGUGAGGAGGCCGAAGCGAUUUUUAUUCCCUCGUUCCAGUUGCACGUCGAACGUGAUGAAUGA